GAAAUAAUAUUUUAAAGAAAUAUAUAAAAAUUGUUUUAAUAAGAUACUAUAUAUAACGGUUUUGUUCGCCAAUUGUAUUGAUCAGAUUAUUUUCAUUGAAUUUCAAUUAAUUAAUCUCGUUAAAUUAAUUGACUUUCCAAUUAACAUGACACAAUCGGCGUGUACAACUGACCCAGUGUGUCCGCCAAUGAAGUAGGUCGAUCAAUAUUAUAUCGGAGGAAGGGAUAUAGAGGUGGCAGUUUUCUCAUACGAGAGGUGGUGACCACCCUUCUUCACUGAGGGGAGAUGCGCGUGUGGAAAUUACUUUCAGUGCGCGGCGGAAAAUUCGUUCACCCAAAACAUGUCGUCGUCUUCUGGCGAGGAUCGUCCCACGAUCGUAGAUGUGCCGGAGAAUCGUUACGACGAUGCGAUCCACCAUCUGAAAUGGAACUUCUUCGCCGAUGAGCCGCUCAACAAUGCCGUAGGACUUUGCGCGAGGGGGGAAUCCCAACGCGAACUUGAGCGACACUGCCUUCUCACCUUGAAGCAGGGUUACUCCAGAAUGCUAGUGGAUAAGAAGGGAGCGAUAGUGGGAAUGGCACUAAACGGUAUCCAGAAAAAAGGUGAACGUGAGGAGGCAGAACGGCGUCUCGACGAAUUGAAUGACGAAAAGUUCAAGAUGAUCUUCAGACUGCUCUAUAAGGUGAAUGAGAAGGUUGAUUUGUUCGCCAAGUAUGAUGUUGACGAAUUAUUUGAGUGUCGGAUUCUCAGCGUUGACGCAGAUCACCGCGGCAAAGGCUACGCCAAUAUGCUCAUGGAAGACAGCCAACAAAUCGCCAAAAAUGCUGGUUUUAAGGUGUGUAAGGCUGACGCGACUGGUGCAUUCUCACAGAAGGUCUAUGAGAAGUACAACUUCAAGGUUGAAGCAGAAAUUCCGUACACGGAACUAGACGAGUCUGUUAGACCAGCACCGCCUCAUCAAGCGUUAAAACUGAUGGUGAAACUGCUAAACUAAAGAUAAAAUAUGAAAGUUGUUUGCUCUGAGAGCAAACUUAAUUAAAUUAAACCGUCAAAAUGCGAAAGCGCAAAGCGCAUAGUAGAUAAAAGGUAUGUGUAUCGUCGUGACAAUAACAGCUCUAUUAAUACAUGUCUCGGUGUCGCGAAUGAUGUGACGUCUUCUCAUAGAAUAUUUUAUCUCAAAGCAAAAUGAGAGAAGAGUAUAUCAUGCGUUUCACGUAAUACGUGGUGAAAAUGGUAUUCGGUAUUACUGCCCCUCGUAUGUGUUCCGAAUGAGGAGUCAUCAUUAAAAAAAGGAGAAUGAUUCAUCAUGGUGAAAUUAAAUGAUCUAAUGUGGUGAACAGACAGAAUUCGCUAAAAGUCUAUCAUAUUCGGAUCUUCUAUUUACUCAGAACUCGACUAAAAUAGACUAGUCAAAUUAUAGCGAAACAAAGAACAUAUAAGUACGAAAUAUAAAAUUAUGUUCCGUAAUUAUUUAACUCUCAUAUUAUAAUGUUAAACCAUGAACGUUCAAAGCGAACACAAGUACCAAUCAGAUUUAAUUUAACGAGAAACAUAAAUUGUAUAUAAAAAUCUUUCUAAGAAUCUCUCGUUAUAUUGCAAUUUUAAUACAUUUUUAAGAAAACAAAAAACUUUAAUAUUAUCAGUUCUACUAUAUUACUCAGUUCAGCAAUAUUAUAUGCAUUGUGAUUAUUAUACGCGUACGCAUGUACGUGUAUGUGCAUAUUUUUCGUAAUUAAUUCAUAAAGAAAUACAAUGAUAAGAAUGGCAUAAUCCAUAUAUGACAGGGAUUUAGAGAAGAUACUUGAGGAUUAAAAAAAAUUAUUUAUCGCGUACAGCAAAGUAUCAACAAUAGAGAAAGAAAGAAACAAAAGGAAAGUCGCAAAAUAUCAAAUACUGUUCUAUUUUAGGGAGAAUCUCGUAGUUCGCUGAUAUCACUGUAAGAAAUAAUCUAUAAAGUGCAUAAACGUCCAGUUACAUCUUUUUUCCCUUCCUGUCUUUCUUCCUCACAUAAUCAUCAGCGAAGUGCAGAGAUGUGUGAUCUUCUCUCUUUCAACUUAUAUAUUUAUUACGUUCUAUCGAAAGUGGCGAUACGGUCGCAAUACAGAAGUGUUAUUCUGGAUAUAAUAAACGGGUCCACAUAUAUAAAAGUUAUUUGAAAAGAAUAAAAGAUAUUUUUGUCGGAGAAAACGUUAUGAAAGAGAAUAUAUAAAAUAUAUGCAAGUUAUUUUGUAAGAACAUCCGUUAAAUGCAAAUUAUAACGCGGUUUAUAAUGAUUUGUAUUGCGUGAUGUAUAUCCUUAAAAUAAUAAAUUUCUAUUUCGUAGCAAUUGAAA